AUAUAUAUAUAGAAUUAUUAAAAUAAAAAAUAAAAUAAAUAAAAUAGUUGAAUCAACUGAUUGAUGAAAACUUGUUUGAUACAAAUACAAGCGGAAGAUCUCAUAAAAAGGACUUUUACCACCUAAGAAAGAAUAAAGUCAAUAUGCCAAAAACUGAAGGGAGUGGAAGAAAGAUUUCUGAAGAAUGGAGACAUGUAAAAAAAAAUAGAUGGUUCAAGCAAAGUGAAGUGCAAAUACUGUGAAUGUGAAGUAAGUGGAAAAAUAACAAGAAUUAAGGCACAUUUGAAAAAGUGCUCAAAGUUUCCAAUACCUGGAACCAGCAACACAGAUACAGAAGACGAUAAACCUCCUUUAAGUGAAAGUUAACUAAGCUUUGGCUUUAGAAGUGAUUCUUCUACAUCCAUGGAUAGAUCAUUGAAUUAUGAAGAACAAAAUGUAGAUUUUCAGGUUCCAUUGACAAGUUUAGCUUCACCAUCGAUUCCCAGUCCGACUACAUAUUCUAGAGUAACAACACCUUCCAAAGCUACGCAACUGACACAAGGUAGUAAAAAAAGACGCUUGCAAACCACAAUGAAUGAGUUUUCAAUAAAAACUACAGCUGCUCAAAAAGAAAUUUUGGAUAUGAAAAUGGCCAGAUAUUUCUAUGCUAACAACAUUCCUUUCAACACCAGUAGCAGUAAGACGUUCAAAGAAAAGGUAGAAGCUCUGCGGCCUGGAUACAAGCCACCAAAUCCUGAGUCAUUAGGUGGUUCAUUACUGAACAAAGUUAGUGAAGAAGUAGAUACCGAGUUAAAGCUUGAAUUGCAGCACAGUAACUGCUGCAUUACACUUCUACAGGAUGGUUGGUCAAGCGUCCGAAAUGACCCAAUCCUUGCUUCGUCCAUACACACGGGUUCCAAGGCUUUUUUAUUGGAAGCGGUAGAUUGCGGCCAUGAAAAAUGA